AUGCGGGUGAACUGCAUUAUGAGGUCUGGGUUGCUGUUUGUCACUCUGUCUCUUGCCAUUGCCAAGCUCCAGCAAUCUUCCUUCGCCCAAAGCUGUUACCCAAGAGGAACACUGUCCCAAGCUGUUGAUAUCCUCUAUGUCAAGGCAACAUGGCUCAAAGCAACAAUUCCAGAAGACCGCAUAAAAAAUAUACGAUUAUUAAAAAAGAAAACAAAAAAGCUAUUUAUGAAAAACUGCAGAUUCCAAGAACAGCUUCUGUCUUUCUUCAUGGAAGAUGUUUUUGGUCAACUCCAGUUACAAGUUUGCAAGGAAAUAGACUUUGUGGAAGAUUUUCACAGCCUUAGGCAGAAAUUGAGCCGCUGUGUAAGUAUGCACAGCAAAUACGGCUUGUGGUGGAACAAACGCCCCCAAAUGGCUGCCACCAGCAUCUAUGGCCGUAAGGGUGUCCCAGUUGCCUCCUGCUUCUCUGCGAGACUCUCCAAGAUUUCCUGUGUUUCAUCAGCUAGAGAGAUGAAAUCCAUUACCAGGUUGAAAAGAACAUUUUAUGAGAUUGGAAACAAAGGAAUCUACAAAGCCAUCAGUGAGCUGGAUAUUCUUCUUUCCUGGAUUAAACAAUUCCUGGAAAGCAUUAAGUAAUGCAAGAAGCCAAGUGGAUUGAUUUGAUUAUUAUUUUGAAAUACAAUGAGAACUGCCAGAAAUCAAUUUAUAGCAGUGUACUUAAAAAAAAUGUGUACAUGGUACUGACAGCAAGUUAGAUGAUUCAGAACAGAUUAAUUUAACAUAAUACAAUUUUAGAGAUAAGUAAAUUGUCACUAAUAAGCACAGUCUCUGUAUUUUCAAAGAAUGCUUUCAUCCUGAACAUAUUUUGUCAUUCCCAAGUGCAUUGCAUAAAUUUAACCUAAAGGUGUACAACCAGAAUUAAAUCACAUAAUAUUUGUGG